ACAGGCGCCAUGUUUGGCUUUAUGACUGGGCGGUCUAUUCAAACUGAAGAGUUUCUGGUUGGCAUAGAUUUUGUAAACACAGCUGUUGAGCCUGUUUUUAAUUCGGUUUUUAUUUAUAUUGGAGCAAAUUUUUCACCUCAGAACUGGUUAGAAAUCGAUGAUUAUUGAUUAUUGAUAUCGACGGAAUUAUGCUAUGCUAACAAGCUUAGGUUGAAAUGAACCGUUAUGAAGCUAGAGGCUAUGCUAAGCUAGCUACAGCUAACUGUCAAGCAGAACAGAAGCAGCUGGUCUGUGGUGGAUAUUUUGGUAUAAUUUUCUUUUCUCAGUGUUUUUCUUUUGUGAAAUACAGGUGGCACCAGUACCAUCCAGAUAUGAAAAGAAAAAGCACAAAGGUGAGCAGACUGAGUCCCAAUGAAGAGGCUCAACUCGUUCAAGAAGAACUACAGAGAAGAAGGAAGCUGAGAUUGCAACAGGUGCGGGAACAGGAGCGAUACAUCGCUUUCCAGGUUCGGCGGGAGGUGCAGGAGAGGAAGGAGAAAGUGCUCCAGAAUCUGGCAGCAACUCUACAGGAUGAAUGGCAAAAGGAAAAAGAACAGAAGAUACAAACCCUGGAGAAACUCUACAAAGAAAACGUCCAAGAUGUUGGUCAGGGUCACCGCAAUGCCAAAGAAAAUGAGCCGGACUGGGAUGCUCUGGCUUUGAAAAGGGAGGGGAAUGAAGAACGGGCAGCAGAGAGGCAUGAGAAGGCGCUUCGAGAACUCAUCACCCAAAGACAGAGCGAAGCGGAGCAGCGUAAUCGACCCCUUGAAGCUCGGAAGAAAGCUCUGAGAGUGGAGAAGGAGCGAUCAUCAAGAAUUACCAGCCUUCCUCAGCCUGCUCCAAACCCCAUAGAGAAUAUUGGGAUGGAGACUUCACUGCCACCCAAGACGACCAAGAUGGAGCAUUAUUCAGUCACGCAUCAUCACAUAACUGAGACAACAGUGGACAGAGAAACAGAUCUGAAGCAGUCAGGUGCGGAACAGGCAGCAGCACUGGAAGCUCAGCGACUGGAGGAGCUGGAGAGAGAGGGAGCCCGGGACAGGCAGGAGCAGCUGGAGAAGGCCCGCCUCAGAGGAGACCACGCCCUUCGGAAAGAAAAAGUCACCCAGGACCGAGCACGGCUGCUGUGUGAGCUGGGCCGUUUGCAGCAAGCCGAUCUGCAGAGGCGCAGGCACUUGGUGAGUACCGUGCCAGCGCAGAUCUUCCAGCCUCUGUACAGACAGGACGACCUAAGGGCAGAGCAGCAGAGAGAGCUGGAGAUCGCCUUCCAGGACUUGUGCACUGAAGAGAGAGAGCUCAGAGGUGACUUGAUACUCCAGCUGGAGUCCGAGCCUCUUCCUCUUCCUGUCCCAUCUGCUACAAGUCACAGUGAAUCAGGACGGGACCAGGACCUGGACGUGAGCUUCGAUCCCGGCGUGACGCCAAGCGACGGGGCCGAGGCGCCAGAGGAACCUGUUGAUGCUCGACCCAUUGGGAGUUCAGCGCCUGUACGGAGCACGGGCAGGCCGGCACUGCGGAGGCUGCUGGAUCGCAUUCGAGCUCAGAGGGACCAGUGGGGCAGACGGGAGCCUCUGCAGAGUCAGGGAAGGGUUGUAACGGAGAACACCAGCAACGAAAUGGGACCUGUGAUAGACCACGAGUGGCAGCAAGCGUCCAGCCUGGAGGAGGGCACAGCCGACACGUUAACGUCCGAGACGAGUUCUAAGGUGAGUGAAGGUUCUAUUGUGGCUGGUACCAUGAAGCAGCAUGAGGAACAUCUCACAGAAGUGGACAGGCAGGUGACAGAGGAGGAUCUGAACAGGCAGCAACAGGAACAGCUCGCCCUGUUAGAGGAGUUAAAGGAGAAACAGCGUCAAUUAGAGGUUCAGCUAGAGGAGGCACAACUGCACAGGCAGAGACUACAGGAGACCGUGCAAGUGCAGUCUGGAAUGAGUACUGUACAUGAGGCUCCAAGAUCAUCACAGGAACUGAUCCCUGAACCUCCUCCUGAGGUGAAGGUGGCGGCUCCCGUGUCGGACGCUACACACACUCAGAGACUCCAGCAGUAUCAGCAGAGACUCCUUCAACAGAAUCGAAUUCAUAAAAAGUCUCUUGAAGAAGGUUUCCGACGGCUGGACGAGUACAAACAAACUUUAAAAUUACGAUACUCUAUCCCCACGACGGCACCACAAUCACCACCAUCUUCUACUGAGGACCAGACUAGUUUCCCUUUUCCUUCUGUCGAUCAAACUGUCACCAUGCACCCUUUGUACCCUGCUACUAGACACCCUGAGUCUUGCGAGACCGCAGCAGCAGAAGCUAAAGAUCUUUUUGCAGAGUCUACAAUCCGUCCUGACCCAACACUGGUGACUAUGCCUUCUCGGAAUAGUCCCACCCCCAUCGUGACCAUGCAAGAUACGACCAGCCACCCUAGUUCCCCUGUGCCUGACAUUGUCACCCAUGAACUGGAAGACGACAGCUUGGAAUUGAUUCCAGUACAAGAAGCUGCCCCGUUAUCGCACGAUCUCAGAGAAGUGCCGCUACCGGCACCCUCCUUGUUUCUCGAACUUCUGCUGAGCAACAGGUCUUCCGCCUCCCACACACGGCCGGCUCUAAGCUCCGAAUUAUCCUCGCUUAUGAGUUCAGAGCCUGAAAAUGUCCAGCCGGAGGAUGUCGGGUGGACCGGAUCGCGUGAGGCGGAAAGAAAUCGGCAGGUCAGAGAGCAGAUGAGGAAGCAGAGAGAUCUUCUGCAGGCUUUACUCAGAGCAGAACGUACAGCGGCAAACAUGGACGAGUCAAGCUCACUGGAAACACAGGGUGAUCAGUUUUCUCUAACGGAUGCUCAUCAAAAGAGUAACGGACCACAUGUAGCCACUACGUCGAUCCAUCAGCCCUCAGACCAUCCGCCCUCGACUGUGCCCAGCGGACCUUGUGAUUUGACGAACGGAGUACGAAUGAAGAACCCGGUCUCCUGCCCGCCCCGCACGUUUCAUUACAUCCUGCAGGACUUGGAGCAGCAUAAACUCAGCACCAUCCAGGAAGUGGACACUCCAGCCAAUUUGACCCUGGAUGCAGGUAACGAGCCCUGCUCGGAGAGGUCUCUGGCCGAGGAUUCCGAUUAUUCCUACAGCGUCUCUCUGACUCCACCCGUCGUGGGAUCUGGAAGCAGUCGGGGCUUGGGCUCAGGCUCGGAGAUCACAGCGUCGCCGGACAGCACGUGCAAAACGGGCGGGCUGUCGUGGAGAGACAUGUUACAGCUGGAAACGUCAGCUUCACACGCAGAAGAACACGGGCAUCUGAACUCAAGUCUCAUAAGUGAAUAUCAGGUUGACAAGUUGAAGACGGCCCUACCACAGGAUGGAGUCUCACCUCAGUCAGAUUGUCACACGUCCACCACCCUCUCAACGGGCAGCUAUUUAUCAAGUGACCAACAUGACCCCAACUGCACCAUCACAGAUUCGUCUGUAAUCAGCGGUCAGUCUGGAAGGAAAGCCGGAGCCUCUCCGAUCUGCUCCAGCGCCUCGUGUGCUUGUGGUCUGCCUGGGCCGAGCGAGUCCACGCUGCACAACAGCAGUCUGCAGUACAUCAUCGAGAAAUACACUAAAGAGAUGGAUAUAUCACUCAGAUCUGUUCUUUCAGGAGGCAGCGUGUCCCCAGGAGUAAUUGGGAACACGGCUUUAAGCUCUGGACUAGAGAGGCACGAUGAUACUGGGACCUUUGCACCUUUACAGCUACACUCAUCCCUUACACAGUGCCCCCUGGUGGACAGGAAUUCUUCCAAUACAACAAUGCAGGACGUCUUUCAGUCUCUGUCUCCUGAGAUGACGCACGACGACACAGCAGAAUGUUCCAUGGCUUUUCAGACCCCUGUGACUGAAGGACUCGGUUCUCCACCGGUGGAAGAAAACACCACGAACUCUGACACAACCAGCUCCGAUUGGCAGAGUUUUGGCCUUCCACCGUACAGCUUCAGUACCAAUGAGCAGUCAGCUUCUGGCUCUGCAGUCUUUCCCAAGUGGGAAUGGAUUCUGAGAACUGAGUCUGCCACAUCUGUGCAGGACAGCAGUCAGUCCUUCCAUUCAGUGGCACCUGUCUUACAUACAGAAAGCAUUGGACAAACGAACGACUAAACAAAGAAGCUGCAUUUCCUGCUUGUUUGAACAAAAAUGUAAUAAUGUGUAUUUAAUUAUUUGUGUUUUUACUGACACUUUUUGUUACUGUAUGUGAA